GCAGGUGGUUACAAAAACAGACAAAAAUAUGAAGAUUAUUUUGAAGAUAGAGUGAUUCAGGCACUUGAGAGCAAAUAAAUCACUUGGACCUUGGAGUCGGUUUGAAAUUCAGCUGGAGAGAGGAAGGGUGCAGGAGCUGAAUGGGUUCCAGGUGUUGGGUUACAUAACAUAAGCCCCGCCUCCCCUGUCGCGUGCGCGCAUUUUUCCGUGUUGCGCGUUCUGUGCCGCGUGCACGCGCAUAACUCUGCCACACUGUUACCGCUCGCGAGCCAGCGCGUCUUUCUCCGCUUCUUUUCGCCUUCAUAUACGAUGCCAAAGAUGGAAAAAGGAAGACCGCCGGAAAGCAAGCGCAGCAGGAAGCCCGCUCAUCCCGUCAAGAGAGAGGUCAGCCAAGAGAUGAAGAGCUUCGCAGAGAGCACAAUGAAUGAAUUGCUGGGUUGGUACGGAUAUGAUAAAGUUGACCUGCAAGACUCAGAGGCCGCUGACAUCAGGAAUCACAACGGCAGACUAAGACGCCACCAAGUAUCUGUGCUUAAAGAGAAUUCAGAUCCAAAGCCUACUGUAAUGGAGAGUAAGCUGACAUCUGGCUCCUCUGCGUCGACUAAAAAUGGAGUGAAAGAUCCUACUGGCUUUCCCCUCUCUCCUUCAUCAUCCUCAUUCUCAACCCACAUGAAGGACCUGCACAGCACCCAUGUCGUGGUGCCUCUCAUCAAACCAUCUGCAGUUGAUGAGCAGCAGAAUGUUCAGAUUGUGUGUGUGUGGUGUCAGAAGGAGGGGCUUAAACGCUACUCUCUGGUCAUGGGCUCUGAACUCAAGAGCUUCUGCAGCGAGAAGUGUUUUGCCAUGUGCCGACGAGCCUACUUUAAACGCAACAAGGCUCAAAAUGAAAAUCGGCCUGGUGAACAGUCUUCUCCUCCUCCUGGUCAAACGGAGGAAACACCUCCUCAGCUCAUGCUUAAGAUGAACAGUAACACACGAGUAUGUGAUUGGUGCAAACACGUGCGUCACACCAAGUACCUGGACUUAGGUGCAGGUGACGACAGACUGCAGUUCUGCAGUACCAAGUGCCUUAACCAGUAUAAAAUGGACAUUUUCUACCGAGAGGCCCGGGCUGCACUCACAACAUCUGGCUCUAGUCCGAGCCAACCAGAAAACGAGAAUCGUCCAGCCGGAGAGAGUGAGACUCUGCUGACACCAGAAUCAUGGAACAACCCUUCAAUGGAGGGAGACAGCAAAGAAACAGUGUCACCCAAAGUUUCGACGCCUGUGUCAUCUUCCUCUUCAUCGUCAUCCUCAGUUAGAGCAUCUGUCUUGGCUCUGCAGAAGGAAAGAGAGUGCCCUGCUUCUUCUCAGCUCCAGACUGGCACUCCAGUGCCGUCUACCCCUCCACCUCAUGUUGUUGUAGAACAACCAUGGGUGAUACAGAAGCCCCCAUCCUUUAACCGGGCACCUAUCCAUGCACAGCCCCGAAACCCAGGAUCCAGCCCACACCAGAGACCCUCACACACAUCUCCACAGGUACACACACCUUCCGUUCGCCCACUUCCCCCACCACAGCUCUUACACCCAUAUGCAGCGUCAAUGAUGCCCUGUGCACCCACCUACCCUCAUCCCAUUCCAUCACUCAUGCCAACUCUGGGUCUGCCAUGUCCACAACCUACUGUCCUGGUGCCAUAUCCGAUUGUAGUUCCUCUCCCUGUUCCUGUGCCAAUUCCCAUACCAAUACCAGUGAACUCAGGGGCUUUGGGACAUGCUGGGGUUAUUCGUAACCACAAGGAGAAAGAGAAGACAGGAAGAGUUGCAGCUUCAGUCACUCCUGAAGAUGUAGAUAGAGAGCGGAUGUCUGAAGAUCAGGAGAUUACUGAUGGCAUCUUAGUUGAGCACAAAGUAAAGACUGAGCAGUCUUCAUCUCCAGACCCGUAUUCUCCUGCUUUCUCAUCACAUUCUUUCCCAAUCUUAUCUGCUCAUCCACUGGUCAGUCCUACCCCUCCAUUGCCAGAAGAUCAGAGACAAGAAGUUAGGGAGCGACAGGUGAUACAGAGAGCAAUGUGCAGAGUGAAGCAGGAAGGUGAAACAGAGUUCGACCUCAAUAAGCAGACGGAGGUUGAACAAGAGAAUGGAUGGGGCAGGAAUGGGGAUGAAGAUGACUUGAUUGCACAGCAAAUGUCUGCUAAAUCUUACACAGGCACUUUAAAGCACACAUCCAGUUCAGCCCCUGAAAAUGCAUCUUCCACAGUGGACUCGCCAAAUGCACGAGCUUCAAUCAUUCUACAGAAAGCACUCAGCACAACAUCAGUAGUCACUCCCACAGCGUCUAUCCUGUUGAACAACACAGUUGCCACUUCCAAUUCAGUUCACUCCGUUUAUUCCUCAACAUGCAUAGCUACAGUUCAGUCAGACCCAGAACAAAGAACAAGCUCUGGCCAAAAUUCAUCCCCACUUCCUGAAUCUGAGGAUGUGAAAGAGAACGUCUCAGGAGGGCGGGAGCCUGGUUUAAACUGUUCCCUUCCAGCAGAGCAAACAGACUGCCAAACAGACCAAUCAGAAGAGAGCAGGGGGGGAGCUGUAGACAGUGAUGCUCUUGCAGCUGACGAACAUGCUUACGCACGAUCCAUCCCGCCAAAAUUACGAGAAAAGAAUGCACACACGAUCACUCUGACAACUGCACACACACUUUCUCACAUGGUUACACACAGUUGGGACAAGAGCUCACACAUGCAUGUGCCCGCUUUCGAGCAAAGUGGUGUGCAUACUGAAAUAGAGCCGCCUUUGAAGAGGAGAUGCCUGAGGAUCAGAGACCAGAACAAAUGAAGCACAGAUCAUUUGUGGAGUGAACUUCCUUUUUGUGUAUCUGAAGUCAGACACAGAAUGCAGGCCUUUCCCUUGGUGCUGGAACUGAACAGGGAAACGGAGAUGAGUUGAACAAAAACCGUACUGACUGAUAAAUUACUGAUGCAUCCAGAUGUUUGUGCUAACCACUGCUAUGGGAUAUCUUCAUACCUGGGGCCUAGGGUAUGAAUUCUCAGCACAGGCUUGCUGACAGCCAUUUCCCCUCCAGUGGUGGUUUAUACAGAAGUGAGAAGCAGUGGUGUGUGUGUUCCAUAUAGACACUUCAGGUGUAUGUUUAUGAUUUUGGCCUACUGUCUACAAAAACAGGCACUGUUCCUAUUUGCCAAUCUGUAACGUUUAUGUUCAACCUGCCUUCUCAUACAUACAUGAAUUUAUGUACAGUAUAUGGAGUCCACAAAUAAUUGCACAAUGAUCAUGAGUUUAUUAUAUAGAAGGUCAGCUUUGAUUUAAGAUUAUUUAUACCUACAUUAGAUCAAUCAUAAAGCAAUCACAGCCCUUUGCCUAUGGCCCAUAGACAUCAGCUGUAAAGCUGAAAUUCUACACUUUAACAUCAUGUAAAGCUGAAAUUCUACACUUUAACAUCAUAACCGUUGUUUCAUUUCAUAUCCAAUGUGCCGCAGUACAGAGCCAAAAGACUGUGUCAAGCAUUUACAGACUGCACUCUAUUAAUGGACACGUGCCACUUUCAUUAAUCUGCCAUAUUAAUUUUGAGUAUAGAAUUUGUUUUAUUUGAAUAAAAUGUUUACUUGUACAUUAUAGUAAGCAUACUCUUUUUGGACAGUUUUUUACUUCUUUUUUUUAGUUUUUUCAGUUUUAGCAUUUUUACAAAACAAAAAUUAAAAUAUGUCACUACUGCACAAUAAGGGAUUAAAUUAAAUAAAUAAAAUAAUAAGCAGUUGGUAAAAGAAAAAAGGAUAUACAGUUCUUGGCAACACUAGCUGUAGAUAUCUUUCCUACAGAGUUGGCAAUAAAUCCCUUUUUUUCAGUACAGCUCUACAUUCUUUUUUUUUUUUUAUCAAGUAAAAGGAUAUGAACAAGGAAAAUUACCUCAGAGCAAAUUAGAUCACUUUUUUCUUCAGAAUUUUCUCCUGAUGGUGGUCAUACAUCUCUCCCCUAUCAUAUUAACUACCGACCUGGGAGGGUGAUUUACAAACACGUGCCUUCCUACAAAGAAGAGAUUGGGUCAAAAUGAGUUGCUCUGCUCCCACUUUCACUCUUUGUAGUUGUGAGUAUGAUUUUUAUGGUCUCUAAGAGCCUUUUGAGGGAGCCUUCUGAGUAAUCUGAUUCCCAAUCUUGGUCCCAAAUGCUCUCUUACAGUGAAAUCUGAGCAGUUCUAAGAAUUUUUAUGUUGUAUUUGAGUUCUUAAAUCGCUGUAGACUUCAGCAACAGGGAGGAGCCUUUUCUACUUUGAGGAACUGUGGUUAAUAUGUGAACAUGAAAACCUCUGUAGAUACAAACUCUUUAGACAUAUUCUUCUACUUUAAAUCAUGUGUCAGAAUUUUUUUCUGUGCGUGUGUGUUUAUUCAGUUUAAAUUAAUCAAUUAAUGAUAUUUGACAGGUUAGAUUCUUGCCUUCUUGUUUUUGGUAUAAAUGCCUUUGUUGUGUAAAUCUUUGUAAAUUUUAUAAAUCUUCCCCAUUGGACAACUUCCCCAUCGUUUCCUACUACCAAAAGUAGUGCAACAUGUUUGGGAAAGAGAAGGCUAAUUGCUCAAUCUGCAUAAUUUAUAAAAAUGUCUGUCAUUGUCUCUGCAACAACUACAAAAAAAAAACUGCAUCAACAUCACAAACUGUGUUCCUGCCCUUCUUCAUAAAGGUUAAGUGUUAAUCUACCAAGUGUCUAUCAUUCAAGUGAUAUCUGCACAACACAUCUACAUGAUGACAAUGAUUAUAUUCAAAACAGCGGGGAGUUAAUUGAAGUUCGUACUGUGGUAGAUCUUCUGGGAAAAAAACAACAGGUGUAAUGCGUCUGUUUAAUGAGUAAACAGCUACAACAGGGGUGUCAGACUCCAGCGCUGAGGAGAUAAAAGGACUGACCAAUAUCUCCUGGAUAAGUAAACCUGCACUGCCACCUAGAGCAAGAAGACUUGCAAAGGGAACGCUGAUGUGGAUCCACCAAAAUUAAGUUAAUCAGUGUAUUAUUUGAUAAACAUAUGUAGAUCAGCAAAUUUUGAAGCAUUUUAAUCAUUUAUCACCUUAAACAAGGGCAUGCAACUUAGCUGAAGUUUUGAGCAAGGUUGUCUUUGUGAUUUUUGUUUAUACCCACACAUUUACUCCUUGUUCUUAAGACGUAAAGAAGCACAGUGCAAAAAAAAAAAAACAUAAGCUAGUGAAAAUCUAUUAAGGAGGAGAGGGAGCUUAUCUCUAUACAAAAAUGUGUAAAAAUAUGUAAACACAAUGUGCGAGAAAGUGUAAAGACACCAGAUAAAAUGUGCCAUGAGGUACUACUACUACUACUACUAUUAUCAUUAUUAUUAUUAUUAUUAUUAUUAUUAUACUGUAUGACAGAGUUUUCUUUUCAGACACAAAAUAAUUUAACUCACAUCUACCACACCGCUACAUCAUCAGCAAACAAUGACCUUUCUGUACCAACAUCCAUCCCAGAAAGGAUUUAUAAUUAUGCUAAAUAAAACUGGACUGCAGAUAUUGUUGAGAUCCAUAUACAGCAGGGGUCUCCAAUUUUUACUGUAGGUAAGACUGAAUCUUGUGAUCUACAGUAUAAAUGUUAGGAAAUUACAUUCAAACUCUACCAUGUAUGGUCCAAAUACAAAGAAAGUCCUUGGUGGUGCAACUACUUUGAAAUUUGCUUUGAUAUAUUCACUGUUCUCACUGAAAUUAUGUCGACUUGAUUGCUAUCAUUUUCUCCACAUGUUUACAUAAGUUGCAGUGAGUGAACUUGUUGCCACAGAAUCUUUUAAUAAGUCUCAAUUCUCUGGCAAAUGUUAGCUAGUUACCAAAGUGAAGAUUCCUCUGUGUCUAUAUUUUAUUUAUGAAACACGACAGCGUAUGCUGUUAUAAGAACAUUACACAUGACCAGGUGAUGGCAUCACCACCCAGAAGUAGAUUAAGUGUUUUAUUUC